AUGUGGAAAUAUCUUUUGGAACUAUGUCAACGAUUUUUUAAUUCAACUUUCGAUGUUCAAAAACUGCAUUUGGAUUUUGAAUCUGGAGCUCAUGAAGCUGCAAAAGAAAUAUUUCCGAACGUGAUGAUUGUAACAUGCCGUUUUCAUUUAGGCCAAGCUUGGUGGAGAAAGAUUAAUGGAGAUUCAAAUUUGAGAAACGCAUACAAAGAUAACAACAAUGAAUUAGGUCAAUGGCUAAAAUUAUUUUUUGGCUUACCGUUUUUACCCAGUGACGAAAUUGAAGAUGCAUUUUUAGCAUUAAUAGCCGAAUGCCCCAGCCUAGAAGAAGGUCAUGUUUUUACAGACUAUUUAGUAUCAACAUAUAUUGCACCUGAUUCAUUAUUUCCCCCAUAUCUUUGGGCACAAGAACCCUCAGUAAAUCCAAGAACUACUAAUGGGCCAGAGAGCUUUCACAGGACGUACAAUGGUCAGUUUUAUAGCCCCCAUCCUCCAACACACGUAGUUAUAUCAGUUUUAAAAGAAACACAAGCUCAAACUUUGACAAUAAUUAAUUCUAUUAAAAACAAUGUACAUAAGCCUAUGGCCAAAAAAGAUAAACUUUUAAUUGAAUCAACUUUACAAAAUUAUAAUGAUUAUAAAGUACACAAAGAUCUAAUUUUAUAUUUAAGAAAAACUGGAAAUUCCUACCAGGGAAAAAAUUUAAAAAAAAGUAAAAAUGUAGAAAAUUUUUUUUAA